UUGGUUCCUACCAUAUGUUGAGCACCAAAGAAAACGGUAUUGAGAAGGCAGUGAAAAAUUGACAGAAGGAGUAGCAGUAGACAUUUUUGGAUUUGGAUUUUGAUAUUGCAGCAAAAUGGCGCUGAAAGCAUUGGUUGGUCAAAAGAUUAUGAAUGAAGCGGUCAAACAGAAAAAGAAAACUGGAAAAGACGUGGAGUGGCGAGUGUUGGUGGUCGACCAGCUGGCCAUGAGAAUGGUCUCAGCUUGCUGCAAGAUGCACGAAAUAUCUGCCGAAGGCAUUACCAUUGUGGAAGAUAUCCACAAGAAAAGAGAACCCUUGCCAACUAUGGAGGGAGUGUACUUGAUAACACCAAGCGAGAAAUCUGUUCAUGCUUUGAUGAAAGACUUUGAAAGCCCAAACAGGGCUAUGUACAAAGCCGCUCACGUCUACUUCACUGAAGUAUGCCAGGAGGAGUUGUUCAAUGAACUCUGCAAAUCUUGUGCUGCAAGAAAAAUUAAAACUUUGAAAGAGAUCAACAUUGCUUUCCUUCCUUACGAAUGUCAGGUAUUCUCGUUGGAUUCGCCGGAAACAUUCCAAUGUUUCUACAAUCAAACAUUCGUAUCUAGUCGCACACCAAACAUGGAGAGAAUCGCCGAGCAGAUUGCCACUCUCUGUGCCACUUUGGGAGAGUAUCCAUCAGUCAGAUAUCGCAAUGACUUUGAGCGCAACGUAGAGCUGGCGCAGAUCGUUCAACAGAAGCUGGACGCAUACAAGGCGGACGAGCCGACGAUGGGCGAGGGACCUGAGAAGGCUCGCUCCCAGCUGCUGAUUCUCGACCGUGGCUUCGACUGUGUGUCCCCCCUGUUGCAUGAGCUCACGCUCCAGGCCAUGGCAUACGAUCUGCUGCCCAUCGAGAACGACGUUUACAAGUACGAAGCUAACGCUGGGGCUCCGGAGAAAGAAGUUCUUCUUGACGAAAAUGAUGAGCUGUGGUUGGAGCUAAGACAUCAGCAUAUUGCCGUCGUAUCCCAGAACGUUACGAAGAACUUGAAGAAGUUCAUCGAGUCGAAACGUGUGCCGCAAGGCGACAAGCAGUCGAUGCGCGAUCUGUCUCAGAUGAUCAAAAAGAUGCCGCAGUACCAGAAGGAGCUCAGCAAGUAUGCCACACAUCUGCAUUUGGCGGAGGACUGCAUGAAGUCUUACCAGGGAUACGUCGACAAACUGUGCAAAGUCGAACAGGACCUGGCCAUGGGCACGGACGCAGACGGCGAACGCAUCAAGGACCAUAUGCGCAACAUAGUGCCGAUUCUGUUGGACCAGGCCGUGUCGAGCAGCGACAAGAUGCGCAUCAUCCUGCUCUACAUUUUGUCGAAGAACGGCAUCUCUGAAGAGAACCUCACCAAGCUCGUGCAACACGCACAGGUCCUCCCGCAGGAGAAGCAGGCCAUUGUCAACAUGGCCAAUCUAGGAGUGAACGUUGUUGUCGAGGGCAACCGCAAGAAGAUCUACCAGGUGCCGCGUCGAGAGCGCAUCACAGAGCAGACCUAUCAGAUGUCUCGCUGGACGCCGGUCGUCAAAGACCUCAUGGACGACUGCAUCGAGGACAAGCUCGACCUCAAGCACUUCCCGUUCCUCGCCGGGCGAGCCGCGUCCUCUGGAUAUCAUGCUCCAACCAGUGCCAGAUACGGGCAUUGGCAUAAGGACAAGGGCCAGCAAACUGUGAAGAAUGUGCCCAGGCUGAUUGUUUUCAUAGUUGGAGGUGUCAGCUUCUCCGAGAUUCGCUGCGCUUACGAAGUUACCAACGCUGUCAAGAACUGGGAAGUCAUUAUCGGAUCUUCCCACAUACUCACCCCCGAGGAUUUUCUAAGUAACCUGUCAAAUCUCAGCACUUAGACUGUUAUUCAUAUACCAACUUUGUGAUAAAUUAUUACACUAACCACCUUAUUUAUUAUUAGAAGAGAGUUGAACUGCUCCAAUAUUAAGCUAACAUUCACGAAGGUUCGUCUUACUAUUACUAUAUUAUUUGCCUCAUUCAUGUUAUCAUCCACUUCGGCCAGUUCUUAUGGUAGAAACUCGAGUGCUUAUUUUCAAAUUAGUACUUCUGGAAAAUUCAUAAGAAUCAUACUCGAAAAAUAGAAAAUUCGAACGUUAGAUGAGUUUCACAAUUUAGUAAAAUGGUGCUAGAGGUGGUUUUGUUUUGUAAUUUUUUCUGUUCUUACAUCACAAAUUUCCAAAUUUGAGUUUGAAUUUUUGAAUAAUUAAAAUAAUUCAUUAUCGUCUAACUCUUGAAAUUUCUAGAUUCCAAAGUAUUUCAAACGAAUAAUUAUGAAAAUUAGUUUUUUUAAAUCAUUACAUCCAACCCUAUCACAAAUUCAAUAUUCUUUUAUUCCAUGUUGACAAUAUUGUUAAUCAUAAUUAGAAUUGAAUUUCUAUGUGAGUUAUUGAGAUGAAUCACUUUGGAAUCAGUCUUUGCACACAAAAUUAAAAUUGAGCCAAUUUUUAAAUAUUUGGCAAAAUUUCUUAAACGAUCUUCUGGCAUCAUUUACUUUCAAUACAUUAGACAUAUGUAUUGAAUGAUGAAUAUAUAUGUAUUCCAGUCAAUUCCAUGUACUUAUAAAAUUGUAUAAAACAAUAUAUAGCAUUAAUAUUGAUCAUUCUGAAAUACUGUAUCUAUAUCAAUAUUCUUCGAUUUCAUUAUAAAAUAUCUUUGUAUUUUUGCAUAGGCAAUGCAAAGUGUUUCCUUUUCAACAACACAAAACUAGUCACGUUUCAUUUUGUUUCAUUCUAUGGAGCUUCACUUUCUAAUUUCUUGAAGAGCUUUCUAUUUUAAUGUUAUUACACUUUAGUUUUCUUCCAAUAUAGGGAGUGAAGUUUGUUCAGUUCUCAUGAAUUUUUUACUCUAUUACAAGCACUUACCAAAAUAAGAUAAUUCUUUAGUUAGCACCUUUUUAUGCUUUCCUUUGUGGAGAUUUAGAUUAACUUUGCAUAUGAUUAUUCGUAUAACUCUAAUGUAUUCCAUUUGAAAAUUAUUCUUACUUUCAAGCAAUUUAAUUUCAUGUAUUUGAUAGCACUUCAGUGCAGUGUGUUAUGUUGAAUUAGUUUUUUAUUCAAUUUAUAAAUGAUAUAUAUCUCGUGUUACAGUAGGUACAUAGAUUACGUUAAGAAUAAUUAUGUACUUCUUUUAGAAAGUUGAUAAGAAUUAUACAUGGAACUAAGUAGGGCUAGAGAAGGUUAAUAUUAUCAGAGAGAAAGAGUUUGUAAUAUACAGGCCUAGUAGACCAUAUUUUCAAUCUAUUCGUAGAAUUAUUAUUGUACCACAGAUGUUAAUGUUGAAAAUUAUUUAAGAGAUCAGUUGAAAAUUUCAAGGGUUUCUAAUAGAUGAAUUAUCUUGCAGAUUCUUCUAUUAAUGAAACCUGAUUAGUAACUAUAAUCUCGUAUUUAUAACUCUAUAUAAGUGUUAUUACAUAUUAGUGGGUAGGAUCCCAUCAUCUUUAAUGAUUCGCUUCAUAUAAAUGUGUGUGAAAAUUCAAUUUCUCUAGUGUAGAUUUUUGCCGUUAUGAAAGGUGGAUUCUUUAUGUAACGUAAUAAACCUUUUCAAGGUGAACAUUCAUAUUAAUCAAGGACUUUGUAUAGUAAUAUCGCAUUCAAGAAUUAAUUAACAAUAACAUUCCCGUAAAUAUUAGUAUCACAUAACAGUAAGAAAGAACUUCUUUCAGUCACGUACUUGAAAUGCUUAGCUCUCAUUCACUUAUACAAAAAGGUUUCAUUUACGAAGCUUUAAUUCCCAGAUUAGUAUCUUUUUGGCUCCAAUUGCACGAAAGCCUGUUUGUAAUUUUGAUCGUGAUUACCACGAGAACCAAUCAGAGGAGACUUCUUUUCGGAAAAGCCUUCUCUGAUUGGUUUUUGUAGCAUCCAAUCAUGAUUGAAAUUUAACAGGCUUUUGUGCAAAAGUGUCAUAAAGUUGUAGGCUACUAAAAUGUAGAACACAGAAAAAUUAAGUCUUGUAUUCUAGUAUAAAUUAUUGUUUAAAUAGUAGUUUGUGGCAACAUUCCACUCAAUAUUUUACCUUCUCUGGAUUUGUUCACACAUUUUUUAUUCACUACUUACUUCUCAUUAGUUCAAUUUUUAAUAGAAAGAUUAUCUCUGAAGACUAGUAAUAUAUAUCAGUCUAUUGAUAACCCACUGUAGGCUACUUUGCUAAUACCAGAGUUUAUAACCUGUAGACAAUAGUACUAGAUUUUUCAGUUCUUUUUUGGACAAACUAUUUACUUACAGCUCAAUGAUGUAAGAUCUAAAUCGUACUAUCUCUCACAUUGCUCAGUUAGAGUUUCCUUUAGCAUUUUAUACAAUUCAGGACUUGAUAUUUGAAAUUAGUUUAUUCCACGCCUUUUUUGAGAAGAUACUCUUUGAAUAUGAUCACUUAUCCCCUUUCCAAUCAAUGACAUUUAUAUACUGCAUUAAGAUUUUCCUUACACUUAAUCGUGUUUAUCGAUUUUUAUUUGCUUAACAGGCUUGUCUCCAAACGUAGUAAUGAAUAGCACUCAAAUAGUCCAGUCUAAAAAUCUAGACAGAAAUCUUAUAUGCAGAUAAAAUGAUUUAUAAUAGUUGCAAUUUAUUACAAUCAAUAUUAAUAUAGAUUUGUUGCAGUGAAGUUAUAAAAAUGUGUUUGCUGUUCUUUGAUUAAGACCUCGUGUAGACAGAAUAACACAAUUUAUAUAGCCUAUAUAAGUAAAUUUCUUAACACUAUAUUCAGAGUAAAUGUUUAAAUUGAAAUAUAGUAUAUUUAUCCUUUGUGUCUUACAUAGCAUUACACUUGACUAAACUCUACUAAAUUAUAUUACUUUGUCAUUAAAAAAUUGUGAAAAUUAAGUAGCAGAGAAUAAACCUGAUGAUUUAUAUAUUCCAAAUAUUUCCGAAAAAAUUAAUGUUUUCAAUAAAUUGCUAUUGUAUAAUUGUAAUUUUGGUGGUCUCAAAUCUAUAAGUAGCGCCAGCUCGUAACUUUUAUCUCUUGAGAUAAUUUGACUCAUUCCUAACCCAUCUUUGAAAGUUUUCCCUAUUGGCUAGAGCAAAAGUUGAUGACUGUCUUGGUUUCGUACAAUUAGCCUAUGUUGUCCACUAACUUUGAGACCAAAUCUAGUUUUUAUAGUGUACUGUCCUUUGCUGACUUACCAAGCUGAAAUUUUAUAUUGUUUUAGUAGAAAAGUAUAUUGUCUUAGUAGAAAUUCUAUGUUUGUAGUCUUGAACUAAAAUGUCAUAUAAUUAGUUAAGUUUCUAUUAAAUUUGAGGAAAUGUAUAUUAGUUGAGUUUUAAUAAUAAGCUGCUUAUAAGUUCUAUAAAAUGUAUUUAUGAUUAUCUAGAGAUAUAAGUCUUUUCAAAUGUAUUGAAAUCCCCUUGUGAUUUCAAUAGAAGUCUUUAAUUAUUGUUAUCGCUAUAUUAAAAUUAUAUCAGAAACAUUUAUCAAUGAGUUGGUGUUCAAAGUAUGUAACACCAUUAAUGAACGUAUGUAACUCAACCUAAUAAGUUUAUUUCUCUAUUCAGGACUUUCGUUUCAAAUAAUCCAGAUCUCAUUUCUCUGCUUAUCCUUGCAAAUCUAUGAUUAUUGCCUAAUAUAUGUGCUACCCGUUCUACUCACUAUAAUUCAGCCCCUGCAAUUGGUCCUUGAACGUAUGUAACGUAUCACCAUUGUAAUGGAAAAUUUAAUGAUUGGUAUGUUAUAAUAGCAGUUCUAUAUAUUGUUAGUUCAUAUUUCAAAACUGUUGAUGAUGUUUCUGAAGAAAAUAGAUGUAUCUAACGAA